AUGAGAUUGCCCACCACGUCCCUCCUUGCUCUCCUCCCCCUCCUUUCCGGCGUCCUCGCCGCCUCCGACGUCGUCGACCUCACCGCCGACAACUUCCAGAACGAGGUCGCCGGUGAGGAGCUCGCCCUCGUCGAGUUCUUCGCUCCUUGGUGUGGACACUGCAAGAACCUCGCUCCCCAGUACGAGGAGGCCGCCACCACCCUCAAGGAGAAGGGCAUCAAGCUCGCCAAGGUCGACUGCACUGAGAACCAGGACCUCUGUGGCGAGUACGAUGUCCAGGGCUACCCCACCCUCAAGGUCUUCCGCAACGGUGUCCCCACCGACUACAGCGGUCCCCGCAAGGCCGAGGGCAUUGUCUCGUACAUGAACAAGCAGCAGCUCCCUGCCGUCUCGGACGUCACCCCCGAGAACCACGACGACUUCACCAAGACUGACAAGGUCGUCGUCAUUGCUUACGGUGACGCCAAGCACCCCGUCCCCGAGUCGUUCGCCAAGUACGCCAACUCGGCCCGUGACCAGUUUGUCUUUGGCCAGGUCGUCGGUGACAACCUCCCCAAGCUCCCGGGCAACCCCAAGCUCCCCGCCAUUGUUCUCUACAAGUCUUUCGACGAGGGCCACAACGUUCUUGAGCACAAGAACAUCAAGAAGAUCACCGAGGAGGACCUCGGCGACUUUGUUGCUGCCAACUCGGUUCCCCUCUUCGCCGAGCUCGGCCCCGACAACUUUGCCACCUACGCCGAGUCUGGCAAGAAGCUCGCUCUCCUCUUCGCCGACCCCGCCGACGCUGAGCCCCGCGAGAAGAUCAUCGAGGGCCUGAAGGACACUGCCCGCGAGCUCCGCGACAAGGUCAACUUUGUCUGGAUUGACGGCGUCAAGUUUGGCGAGUACGGCAAGCAGCUCGGUGUUGCCACCGACAAGCUCCCCGCCUUUGCCGUUCAGGACCUGACCGAGAUGCUCAAGUACGUCCAGUCUGGUGACGCCACUGUCGACUCGAUCAAGAAGCACGUUGCCGGUGUUGUCUCUGGCGACAUCAAGCCCACUGUCAAGUCUGAGCCCGUUCCCGAGUCGCAGGACGGCCCCGUGUACAAGCUCGUUGCCAACUCGUGGGAGGACCUGUUCGGCGACAAGGAGAAGGACGUCUUUGUCGAGUUCUACGCGCCCUGGUGCGGCCACUGCCAGCGCCUUGCGCCGAUCUGGGAGUCGCUCGGCGAGAAGUACAAGCCGGACAAUGUCGUGAUUGCGCAGAUGGACGCGACCGAGAACGACAUCCCCGCCGAGGCGCCCUUCAAGGUGCAGGGCUUCCCGACGCUCAAGUUCAAGCCUGCGGGCUCGGACGAGUUCCUCGACUACAACGGCGACCGCUCGCUCGAGUCGCUCACCGAGUUUGUCGAGAGCAACCGCAAGUCGGCCGCCUCCAACACGUCUGCCUCUGACGCUGCUGCCGAGGAGGACGACGACGAGCUCCCCGCCGCCACGGAGGAGGACGACGAGGUCGCCCACGACGAGCUCUAA